AUGGAUUCCACCGGAGUUUCGCCGUCGGCGUACGAAUCGUUCAAAUCGAAGAAAGUCCUCCGCUCCUCCGUCAGCAAACAACAUUCCUCCGACGAAGCGGUUGCAGCACCGGAUCAGAGUCCAUGGAGCUCCAAAACCCCUGAAAAGCCCACACAUGCGCCUCGGAGACCUAUCACCCGGCGGCAAGCACUCCGGUCGGUGAAUCAAGUCAGGGAAGCGGCAAAGAAACUCCAGAAAUCAGAUCUGAAGCCUUCUGUUUCCUCUGAUUCGUUAACGUCCUCUACUCAGCCAAUCGAAACUCCAAUCGCAAAACCAAACACCUCGAAAUCGCUUCCAGAAAAGUAUGAAGUAUUGGAUAAAUUCUUCAACAGCUUGGAAUCUUCUAUUCGACUUCUAGGGUUGAAAGGAUCUAUGUCUACAUUUACAAACAUUAGCCGUACGGUUGAGAGCUUAACAGAUAGGAGGUUUGCUUAUAGUCAUUUGGCUCAGCUCAAAUUUCUUUUGCCUGAGGGGAUUGAGAUAAAGAGGAUUCUGGUUCGUGAUGACCGGACUAGUUGUAUGAAACCGGAUCUUCAUGUGACUUUGAAUUUCAGUAUCAUUCAGAAUGAUGAGAAGCUGAAAUCAGAUAGUGGGAAUAUACAGAUGAGGAAGUUGUUUCGAGCCCGGCUUGUGAGCUUUUGUAAAUCCAAUCCUGAGGGAGAUGAAGUUCCAGAGGAGCAGUUACCGGAACCAUUUAAUCAAUUGAGCCGAGUGGUAUCUUUAAAUCCAACGGAAAACCCGAACAUGGUCUCAGUUCAAGGUACAACAAAUGCAAUUGCUGAACCGCAGCCAGCGGUGGCAUCUCAUAUGUCUCAAUCUUUCAAGAGACGUUUCUCAAAACGAGUUCUCCCUGCUUUAAAGCAAGUCUCUGAUCAUAGCUCCACCAAAGUUGCUUGUGUAUCAAAUCUUGCAUCUCCAGUUAAGUGGUCUGCAAAGUUACCUGAAACUCCAAUCAAGACUGCAUCUAUUGAUGGAACUCCCUCGAAGCUUAUUUCGACUCCAUUCAGUGCCACGCCUGCACAAGCUGCACGGCCACCAGUAAGAUGUUUUAUGUCUCCGGAUGAAGAUUCGAUAAUGUCUCCUACCAAAUUAGCCCCUAGAAAAUUAACUAGGCGUUCAAGUGGUAGAAGAUCAAUAACAUUCGACACUCCUGUGAAGAAUAGAACGCCUCAUGUUGAAAGGGCAUCCUCUGAUGAUGAUCUUCUUGAUAUUCUUCCGGUGGAUCUCCUUGCAUCGAUUAAAGAAAAAGAAAGAAAAGCAAUAGAGGAGAAUGAUCCAGCAAUCUCACAGGCAAAGUGGAGGAAACAAAUGAUUGCAGGGUUACCCAGACUCUUUGACAUACUUCUAUUUUUCUUUCAAUCAAUCAAGCGGUCAGUCAUCACGAAAGAGGAGCUUGUGCACAGGAUCAUUUCAAACCAUUUGGAAAUUGUCGACAGAAGAGAAGUUGAUGAACAGCUCAGAUUGUUGCUAGAACUAGCUCCUGAAUGGAUUUAUAAAAAGAUGUCAUCCACCGGUGAUCUUCUCUUCUGCGUUAACAAGAUCUCGAGCCCAGAGUCAAUACGCACAAGACUAUCAGAAGCCAGCUAAGAGAAAUGUCCGGUAAAUUGGGCUGUAAAUCUUUUCACCCUUAGAUUAUUUAACGAUGUUGGCUUCAUCUGGCUCAAACUAACAGCUUUCCUAUGAAUCUUACUCGUAAGAUUUUUACCAACUUGCGAUCCUCUUUGUACCUUGUUUCACAUCAUAGGCCAAGUAUCUGGUUGUAUGCUGCUUGAUUCAAUCAAAUAUGAAAUAAAAAAAGAAACUUUUAACAUAACCCUUUUGUCUCUUCAUUUGUUAUACUUCAUUGUUUAAGUCCCUUGAUUUCACCUCCCUUUUUCUUGUCCUUUCUUCUUGUAAUUCUUGAAUCAAGAAUCUUUUUA